AUGAAAAUUCAGCUAAUUGAUAAAAAUAACAUUAAUCAAGCGAUUGUGAAAGGCGAUUGGAGAAUUGUGAACAAGUUGAGUUGGUCAAAGAGUUCUUUUCUGCAUGCCGCGUUACUGCUGAGUGCUGACCUUCAGAAUAUCCGCGAUGAAUGCUUUUUCGACUUCUCUCACUUACUCAUGUCGACCGACAACCACGGAGCUGCAUUAAUAUAUUUAGAAGUCCAUGAAGAGAUUUUUAAUGAGAUAACAUCAUGUUUCUGA